GAGGGGCGGUGGAGCCCUGGGGCCAGCCCUCGCCUCCUCCUCCGCCGCCGGUGCCUGCGCUCGGGUCCCCCGCCAUCGCCCUCUCUCUCCAUCGCCCUCUCCAUCGCCCUCGCCAGCCUCACCUGGGCAGCCAGGAAGGGAGGAGGAGAAGAGACCCUCGCCCAGCAGCCGUCGGGGGCUGCGCCGUCCAUUUCCGUUUGGGUUUGCAACUUCAGGACCUUCAAAGAUGACACUCCUGGCUUCUGAACGAUCGAUGCUGAUCCGAAGCAAGUUCCGCUCCGUACUCCAACUGCGAAUGCAACACCGGCGGUCCCAGGAGCAGCUCUCUGAACGCCACUUAAUUCCAGCUCUCARCAAGCCCCUUGCAACUUUUCCGCAACCCAGUGGGACUCAGAACAAAGCCAAUGAGAUCGCAAAGCUGAAAGCUGAUUGCAAAGCCUCUCCUCGGCCCCACAAGACAAGCACAACCAAGGCCCAGCCUGUAGAAGUGCCUCCAGGGGACCCUUCCGAGCUGCAGGACAAAAAGGCUCGCCUGGCCGAAGACCUGAGCGAGAAGAUCCUACACCGCCCUGGACCACUUGAGCUGGUGAAGAAGAACAUCCUCCCUUUGGAUCCAGGCAUUAAGGAUGCUGUGACAGAUGCAACUCCAACUGUUCCCAGUUCCUUCAACUUUGAGGAAGACCUUAGUAGUUCAUCUUCAUCCUCAUCCCCCUGCUUUGCUCUGUCUCCAGGAAGCACUCAUGCGAAUCCUACCUCAGGGACUGCUUUUCCGCUGGAUAUUCCCCCGAUGCUGGCAGAUCAGCAGCCCCCUGGAUCAUCAUCCACCUCUGAGGCCGAGUUCCCUCUCCAAGGAGGGAGCCCUCUUACCAAGCCCUCUAUUUCACUCCUUAAGCCACCUCCCAAGGUUCCUGAAGCCAGGAAACCUCCACGCCCUAAGAAAGUGAAGGAAGCUCGGCCCAAAGUGAAGAAGCUGAAGUACCACCAGUACAUGCCACCUGACCAGAAGGGAGAGCAGGCACCGGUGCCCAUGGACGCAGCCUAUGCCCGCCUCCUGCAACAGCAGCAGGUCUUCUUGCAGCUCCAGAUCUUGAACCAGCAGCAGCAGCCCACACCAACCUCACCAGCCACUUUCUGUGUCCAAGCCUUGCACACUGUCCCAGCCAGUAGUGCUCCAGAGCAGGUCCUGAGCUUUCCUGGGACACCUGCCCAACCAAGUGGGCCUCCUCCACUCCCGCUUCCGUCUCCAGCUACACCAACCUCUCCUUCUCCUCCCAAGCCAGAACUGCUGCCUGCCAACUUGGAAGAGCUAACGGUGUCUGAACUCCGUCAGCAGCUCCGUAAGCGGGGCCUCCCUGUUUCUGGCACCAAGCCGGCCCUGCUUGAACGCCUCAAGCCUUACCAGAUGGUCCGGGCCAAGCCUCCACCUGUCCCUCUCUCUACCAGCACCCGCUUGGCUCCCUCUGACCUAGAAGAGGAGGCCCAGGCCCUUCGGGAGAAGCAGCGGGUGGCCCAGAACCUGGCACUGAAGCUCCACAGGGAGCAGAAACACCAGGAUGAUGAUCUCCGAGUGGAGCUUGAGAUGCACAAGCGGAUCAAGAACCGCCGCAAAAGUGUGCUGCCAUCUCCCAACCAACAUGGGGCACCCCCACCGUACAUCCCACAGCGUGAAUGUUCCAAGGAGGCAGGAGGCAGGGAUGAUGGCUUCAUGGUUUUGUGCCCUCCAUCCUGUGAGCCCAUUCAUUCUGAUAUGGAGCUACCCCUUGAAAUCACAGCCAGCCCCACUGAUCCCACCCCAACAGGAACCCGUUCCCUGGAGGAGGAGCUCCAAGAGGCCAUCCAGAAAGCCCAGCUGGUGCCAAGUCAGUCAAUUGAAGACAUCUUGGAGGAACCACUAAUGUGUACAGACAACCUUCUUCAGACACAUGCCUUGACCCAGGAGGUCCCUGAUGAUCGGGUUACCCUAUCUCCACUUGCCCACCAAGAAGCAUCACCACCAAAGAAAGCCCGGCCCAGCAGUGACCUUCCUUUGGUGACCUCUGCCAUCUUUGAUUUCCCUGGACCCUAUGACUUCCUGUCAACAGCCUCCUCCUCAUCUGCAUCACUGGACUCCCUGUCCUCUGUUUUCUCCCCUGACUCUCUGGAGAUGCCUCCAUCUCCCCCAGACACUUGGCAAGGGAAUGGGACCCGUGCCGGAUUUGACCCUGUCGACUGGCUAGAGGCCUUGACCACAGGCUCUGCAUCAGGUUUGGGAUCUACCAGCCCUGUUGGUGGCAGUAUUUUCUGCACAGACUUUUUUGAUUCAUCUGACCUCGGCGUCAACCACAUGAUAGAUUUAAUGGUGGAGCAAUGGUAAUAGGAGUGGUCCAUCUGGUCCCCAAGGCCUGAAGGAAAAGGGGGAGAAUCCUUCUUAUAUCCUUUAAAGUCAUAGUAGCACUGAAUUCCAUCUUGAAUGGGCAACAGCAACAGUGUUUGAGUGGUCAACACCAAGUUUCAUCAUAGAUGGUCUUGUUUCUACAUCCAGUUGCUCCCUUGGAAAAAAAUGAAACCACUGAUGUUUGGUUGUGUCAGUGCUAUACCUCUUCAUGAAGGCCAGGCAAUCCCAGAAAGAAGCCUUACUUCCAUCCAUCUGGAGAUAGAAGAAGCCAGGAAGACUGGAAAUCAGUGAGACAGCUCAAGAGCGAUAAAUCCUGGUUUGGAAUUUAUCCAGACAUGUUUUUUCUAAGUCACCAAUUUCUGAUUCAUCAUGGAACAAGUAAUUUGGAAUAGCAUCCAUUUUGGAUGCUAUCUUGCCUGGAACAAAAUCACUAAUGUUUGCAUUCUUGACAACUUUGGAUGCCACCUUGGCAGGAACCAAAUUGCUGACAUCUGGGUUCUUAAUGAUGUUGAUUAUAAUCUUGCAUUAACAUUUUGGCAUAUGGAUUUUGUCACUUCUGCUUGUCAUCUUGGUAUAUUUCAAUAUCUGCCUCAUAUCAACUCUAGAAGUCAUUAACAGAAUGGGAAAUGCUGUGGUCCAAGAUAACAGGAUCUUCAAGACACCAUGCUGGCUUCAUAGAAACAUGAGGGAUAAUAGCUCUGUAUACACCUGGACUGUCCCACUGAUUUAUAUGCACUAUGAUUGAGAAGCACAUAUUUUACCUUGUUUGGGAUAUCCCGUUUUGUUUCAUUUGGAAGGGAAGUGCCAAUUCUUCAAAUAAUUUGGAUUCUGGAGUCUCAGCCCUUUGUAGUGAGGCAGAAGCUAUAAUUUCCAAUGCCCAACCAAAAUGGAGUGAACCAGCAGGAGGAACCUCAUGUCUUUAUGAAAAUGAAGAUAAAGAUGACCUUCUGUGUUGGGGACUGAACAAUAUUUUUAACAGCUGGAAGAACAGGUGCCACCUUCAUCAGAUCAUGUCAUUCUCUUAGCUUUUCCAUUUUUACUUGAUGUUAAAAUGUUGAGGGAACGUAAGCAUACCGAGAGCUUUAAAAACAUUCUUUGGGCUUGGGGUAGAGGGGCAGGCCAGCUCGCUAAGGUGGCUGGAAAGAGAGACGGGCACAUUUGCAGAGAGAUGCUGAUGGUGUGUCAUGUUCCAGUAACCAAAGGCUGCUGGAAAAUCCCAAACACUUGGUUCAGGAAAUAUCAGGGCACAGUUGUGGUCACAGAUCAUGUUAUGUAGAUAUUUAAGAGCCUUGCUAACCAAAGACUUAAUCUGGUUUAAGGAUAGUCAUUCCAUUGUCACUAGAAUUCCUGGGAAUUGUAGUUCUGUCGUAGUUUGGGAUGAGGGGUGGGGAAUAUAUGGCCUUCCACAUGUAUUGUGGGAUUGCAUCUUCCAUCAACACUAGCAAAGUAAGGAACCAUGGGGUUGAAAUUAAACAUCUACAGAUCAGAUUGGCUGGCAUCCUGUUAGGGGCAUACAUGCAGGUAAAAUAAAUGCAUGCUUAUGUAAGCCCAUUUUUGGAGUUGUAUUCCUUUCCAAAUCACCUUUUCAAAUGUACAUAACAGUCUCUGAAGCCCCCUGGGUGGCUAUUUGCUAAUUCAUGGGGAGCGGGCAGGAUCACAGAAGCAUCUGGCUGUGUCCCUUUAGCCAGAUGCAAAAUGAAGACACCAGCAUUCAGAUUCACUGAGUCCUCUCAGUGCAAUUGUAAUAAUUGCUCAUCUGGCUACAGGAUUAUAGCCAGAUGCUUCUACAGUCCUUCCUUUUCCCCACAAAGCAGAGAAUGGAUGUCAAGAGACUGUUGAGGAGGUGGUGGUCUAUGGCACAACAUAGCAUAGCAGUUCUGCAUGCACGUUAAUGCAUGCACAAUUUUGCUUCCGGUGUUGCCAGCAGAAUAUCUGUUGCAUUAUGACAAAUAAUUAGCCCAAUAUGCAUAUAUCACUAUCACGGUGCCAGCUAUUGUCUCCUCUUUUCUGUUGGGCAAACUAAUAGAGAAAUAUCAUGAAACUACAUUUUUCAGAAUUAUUUGCCUGGCAAUGGCAGCAAUUGGUAGGAGGAAAGGUGGCAGUUAAAAGUGGCACAAGGCAAAUAAAAUGUGAACCAUACAUAUGCUCAUAAGGUACACUUAUGCCUGUGCUUUGAAAAAUAAAAGCAGUGAAGAGUAAGAGAAUCCUGCCUAUUGCAGAGAGCAUACCCUUUUUACGUUGUCAUCUUGUACAUAAGAUCUUGAGGGCCAAGCUAAAGAAAUAGCAAAUAUUUUUAAAGCAGGAGGGGGGCUGUGACAUAACCAUCUCUCCCUCACAACCACAGAGCAAUUUUUCAGCUUUAACACAACUAAAUGUUUCUUUUAAAUUGCUUAAUAUAAUUAGCCAGAUGCCUUAUCAUUAUUAAAGCCCUCUCUUGUAUAACUUAUACAUGUAAGCAAGCAGAAAAAGCAUGGGUCCAAACUGGGAUGAUUUUUUAAAUUCCUAUGAUAGCUGUAAGCCUUUUAUUUGAAGAACAAAAGAUAGAAGUAGAGUCGACCUCAUAUGGAUAAAAGGGUAUGCUGCUCCUGUUUUUAUGUGCUGGCUGCACUUACCUUCAAAGUUAACUCACUUCAGCAGCUGCUUCAGGUGUAAAGUACAUUGGCUAUGUUAUAUUUUGCCUUACAUAUUGUCACCUUAUGAAGAUGGACAGUAUAAGAACAAGCAACUGCUAUUGUUUGAGGGUAAAUGCAUCUCUCCACUACCUUGGAGAAUUACAACUUUGUGCCCAACUCUUGUAGCCUAACGGUUAGCAGACCACAUGAGUUCUUUAUUUGUGGCCUUUUUCUUUGGACUCCCUGAUGUUGAUGAACUGGCCAAAGGAAAUAGUAGCAUUUAACACAUAUGUUGCUUGUUUCAACUUUGUUUUGCGCAAGCAAGGGCCUGCCGUAGGAAAAGCCCACAAAAUAGACCUCAUAGGAAAAAACGGAGCCCCCGUGUGCUGGCAGGACUGAAGACCGACAGGUCACAGGUUCGAAUCCAGGGAGAGCAUGGAUGAGCUCCCUCUGUCAGCUCCGGCUCUCCAUGCGGGGACAUGAGAGAAGCCUCCCACAAGGAUGGUAAAACAUCAAAACAUCUGGGCAUCCCCUGGGCAAUGUCCUUGCAGACAGCCAAUUCUCUCACACCAGAAGCGACUUGCAGUUUCUCAAGUCACGCCUGACACGAAAAAAAUGUGCCUUGUACAACAGUUUGGAAAAGUUAGAUAAUGUCUUUCAUAAUCUGCCAGCAUAGACAAUGGCAAUUCCUGGCUAGGGCUGUGUCAAUCCUGUGGCCCUCCAGUUAUUUCAGACUCCAACAUCUAAAAGCAUAGACAACUUCUCCAAUGGCCAAGAAUUUUGGGAGCUGAAAUCCAAAAAACAGGAAGGGCCACAAGUUUGACACCACUGGGCUAGGGGAUUCUAGGACUUGUAGUACUUCUAAGUUCUGUUAUGCUUUCAACACCCAUACGUUCAGAGAGGUACAUGCCAAACUUUUCAAUCUCUGCUGCUCACUCUCGAAAUAAACAUCAUUUCUCACUGCC